AUGGAGGAGUAUGGUCUCCAUGAAGGGGCAGUUGUAACUGUUGACUGGUCAGUAACAGUACUAGUAACAUUUGGCGAAAAAAGCUGCUCGUACAUUUUGCGGUCAAGUUACUCUGUUGGCCAACUUAAAGAGCUUCUGGCGGUUGAUACGGGUUUACAUCGGUUUGAACAACACCUUGGUUUUUAUGGCACUGUUCUUAGUGACGAGAAGAUGUUAUCCGAGUACUUGACCCCAGAGACGGAAGAUAAAAUGAGCAUUACUCUCACCUGUCAGCCCUGGAAAGUGUUAGUGCUGCUGCCUAGCGGUACUUUAAAAGAUUAUAAAAUUUCACCAAAUACAAAAGUGGCGUUUUUAAAAAGUCAAAUAGAGGAACAUGAAAACAUUCCUGUUGCACGACAGAUCUUACAAAUUGAUCAAAACGAUUUAGCCGACGACGGAUUGCUCUGCGAAUCAAUGAUACCAUCAAAUAGUAUUCUCUACCUGAAGGAACAGAUUGCCCUAAAGUAUUCCUCAAACUGGACACCUGUCAGUGCCAGAUGGAAGCCUUGCUUUGAAGAACUUCUGCAGGUCAGCGACGGGAACUUGAAGGAAGUGAACAACGUAUGUUUCAGCACAAAGGUGGACAGGUUUAAAAUCGGAUUCGGGAACAAAACUGAGGUGUUUCUGGGUAUUCGGCAUGAUGGCAGAGAGGUCGCCGUAAAAAGAUUCCCCAGGUCCAUGUCACAGAAUUUCAAGAACGAGAAAAGCGUAUUAACUACAUUAGAUUCCCCAAAUAUCAUCCGGUAUCUUGAUAUUGCCAUGGACGACGAGUUUCUGUACCUGAUUCUUGAGCUUGGGGAGUUUACUCUCAAUGAAUUCAUAUCUACAGAUGAGUACAAACAAAACCAGACCAACAUCUCCCGAGAUCUCGUGGGGCAGAUCUUGGAGAGCCUCAGAACCUUACACACUGGGCACAACGUUAUUCACAUGGACAUCAAGCCCCAUAACGUUCUUUUAGAUGUCAGCAACCGUGCAAAAUUAUCUGAUUUUGGCAUAAGUGUGGUCCUCCCGGAUAAUCAGAGCACUUUCUACACUACUGCUAAAGGGACAUACCACUGGGUGGCAAAAGAGAUACUUGAUAGCGCCACUGGGAAAGUCAAAUACAAGAAGAAUGCCGAUAUUCAGGUAGCCGGGAUGUUAGUCUACUACACAUUAACAGGUGGCAUACACCCAUUUAUGCCCAAUGGCGAGGCCGACGUGUUUCUGUGUAACAAGAACGUUCAAGAUGGAAAACAUGACCUUUCAGCCUUGGACGACAUCGUUGGGAGACAUUUAGUGGACUGGAUGCUGCAGCCAGACCCUGAGCUGAGGCCGACCAUUGAGGAGGCACUGGCGCACCCGUUCUUUUGGAAUGUGGAUAUGAGGUACCGUUUUCUUGGUGUUUUGGGGGACGAGAAGGAAGUGAAAGAAAGUUGGAAACGACAGCCACAUUCCGUAACGUUGACACUGGAUGGGUUGACGGUAUCCGUGUUUAACACAGUACCGCACUGGAAAGACUUGCUCGAUCAAGCUGUUUAUGACGAAGUUUCAAAACCAGUGAGGAAUGGCUACAGGUCUACCAUAUGCGGACUUCUUCGAUUUAUACGAAAUGUGGACGUCCAUCUCAAAGAUCAGCCGCCUGCUAUACAAGCCACUGUAGGUAAUCCCAUGACGUAUUUCACCGCCAAGCUGCCUUUUGACGAGCUGUUCCUGAGGGUUUACAAAACUGUGAGAGACACCCGGUCGUCUGCUGAUGACUGGACGGUUAGAGGGUCACUGAAGGAAUUCUUUCCAGCAUAAUGUUAAUAAAUCAAGAUGCCAAAAUGGAAGAUGUAAGUCGUAAAGAAGCGACGCAAUAUGAGGAUUUCAACAGCCAUUUUGAUUAAAUCUUUUAUUCAAAAUUGACCUCAUAAGAGACUUAAGGGUAA